CUGUGCGUGCAAGGAGUGAACGAACGAAGAAACCUGCUCCCACGCAGAUAUCUCCUUAUACGGCAGAGAGAAAGAAACUCCUUAGAGUGGGAAAGUAUAAUCCAUUUCCCCCACUAAACAGAGCUAAGUUGACUAAGCUCGCUGAUUGGUUGAAAAAUGAUCCGUAAGUGAUUGCUUUACCCAUAAUAGCUUGAUUUAGUCUACCAAAACUGAUUGCUUUUUUGUUUGCAGUGAAUAUUACACUAAGCUUGAGGACAAACCACGUACAUCACCAACUUGGUGGUAUCAUAAACUCCGGACACCCAAAGCAUGGCUGGAAGACGUAGUAAGUCUUCUGCUUAUCUUUAAGUCGUCUGGUAACUUGUCUUUGUAUAGAUUUGUAAAUAUAUAAGUCGUCUGGAAGGUUUUCCAGCUGGACGACUUACAAAUAAGUCGUCUGGAAGGUUUUCCAGCUGGACGACUUACAAAUAAGUCGUCUGGAAGGUUUUCCAGCUGGACGACUUACAAAUAAGUCGUCUGGGAGGUUCUAACUUGUAUUAUUUUAUAUGCAGCAUAUGGAUGCUUGGAUGAAUGUGCUGAGGCAGAGGUAUCAGGAGAACCCACAAGCUUUCCGGAGCGAGCGAAUGUGCUUCCUGGAUCACAACUUUUCCCAUUCUUGGAGAGAGCAGUAUCUGUUCUUCAAAGCAUCGGCACCUGAUCACAAAGGUUUAGGAAGAAUGCUACCUAGUGGGGCGUCGUGUUUUUAUGACGGAUCAAUGCCUUCAUUUUGCCAAUCAAACAAGAAGUGGGGGGAGGACAUUGAUGAUAUCUAUGCGCCAGUGAACUUGAACAACAAACAUUGGGUUGCUAUCUGGAUAUCGAUCCCUAAGAGGCACAUAGUCGUCUGGGACAGCAUACCUUCAUCUAGCAUACCAGAAGCAUGGGAUGAGAUAAUGGAGCCUUUUCUCGAGAUGGUCCCUUAUAUGCUUGUUGAGUGCGCAGCCACCAAGGAAGAACGGGUCAAAUACGGGUUGGAGCGAUACACAUAUGAGAGACUGCUGAAAGAUGUACCCACGGCCAACAAUGGUGAUUGUGGCGUGUACGCUCUAAAGUACAUUGAAUGUCAUGCUCUUGGGGUCCCCUUUAGCCCUAAAGACUUUGCUAGGGCCAAUGCGAAGACUAUGAGGGAUAAUAUGGCUGUGGUUAUAUGGACGGACCGAGAGUGA